AUGACAGCCUCCAAAACCACCAUCGACCUCAUUUCCGAGCUCACACUGGACGAAAAAGUCAGUCUUCUAGCAGCCGUUGACUGGUGGCGCACACCAGCCAUCAAACGAGACAAUGUCUUCAUUCCCCAUAUCAAAAUGUCCGACGGGCCCAACGGCGCUCGUGGAGAGAGCUACGUGAGCGGUAUCACAGCAGCUUGUUUUCCCUGCUCAACCGCCGUUGGCGCAACCUUCGACCAAGGUCUCGCAUACCGACUUGGCAAAGAGAUCGCGAAAGAGACCAAGACGAAAUCUGCCAAUGUUCUUCUCGCGCCGACUAUGAACAUCAUCAGAUCUCCGCUCGGCGGGAGAAACUACGAGACCUACUCUGAGGAUCCGUACCUCAUUGGGACUUUGGCCUCGGCGUUUGUUCGAGGCUGCCAGAGCGAAGGCAUAGCAGCUACGCCGAAGCAUUUCGUCGCCAAUGAAUCUGAAAAGUCGAGGACGAAGAUGACGUCUAAUAUCGAUCGUCAGACCUUGCGGGAGAUUUAUAUGCUUCCCUUCCAGCUGGUGAUGCGCGAUUCAGAUCCCUGGUGUUUUAUGACCUCAUACAACCGCCUUAACAGAGAGUAUUGCGCGGAGAGCCACUGGCUACUAGAAGAAGUGCUGCGUAAAGAAUGGGGAUUCUCCGGUCUUGUGGUUUCAGAUUGGAUGGGAACAUACUCAACUGCUCAGGCACUCAACUCUGGUCUGGAUCUUGAAAUGCCAGGCCCGACGAGAUGGCGAGGACAGAAGCUUCUGAAGGAGAUUGAAGCUGGUGCUGUGACCAUGGAGACUCUUGACAAGAGUGUCAGUAGGGUCAUUGAACUUGCGCAAAAGACUGGUCGCUUUGAAGAUCCGGUUGAGAAGCCCGAGCGUUCGGUACAAGACCCAGAGUGUCUUGAAUUCAUCACCUCCAUCGCAGCAGAUGGAAUGGUUCUCCUCAAGAACGACGACAACUUCUUACCACUCCCCCCAAAAGCUUCAGUGGCUGUUAUAGGUCAUCAUGCUCUUCAUCCCAGCAUCGGGGGCGGAGGCAGUGCCAAGGUCUUGGCUCAGCACAUCAUCUCACCUCUCGAGGGUCUCAAGGCCCAAGGCGUCGACUGCCGUCAUGCACCAGGCGUUCCGGUCUUUGGUGCCCUACCACACGCAGAACCAGAGACGAUUUCGCCUGUUCAGCUGCGCUGGUUUAAUAGCUCGGUAGUCGGUGAGAACGUCGCUCAUGAGCAGACGAUCGCGUUGCCUGAGUACAUGAUCAAGGAGGCUUGGCCUGCGUACCUCGACCAGGAGUACUGCACUAGUAUGUCUUUUGCGCUGCGCCCAGCGACAAGCGGGAGUAAUGUGUUUUCUGUCAUCACAACGGGAAAGGCAGAUGUGUUUGUCAAUGGCGAGAAGGUCUUCCAUCGUCCACAGGAGCCAGUCCUUCUUCCCGAGUCCUUCUACUUUUACAAAGCCAAGAUUGAGCGACGCUUCACCCUCGACAUGAUAGCUGGCCAGGAGUACAAGAUCGAGUUGCACUCUUGGGCGGCUGACCCGGAGGUGCUCUCCAAGAUUGGAGGAACCAUGUUUCAGGGCGCCAGUCUUCGCUUUAUGGAGCACGUCGACAUCCCUGGUGCUAUUCAAGACGCCGCAGAGAUCGCGGCAUCUUCUGACGUGGCGGUUGUCUUUGUUGGCACAACGAAUGAGCUUGAGUCUGAGGGUUACGAUCGCGAUACGAUGGACUUGACGUCUCAUCAAUACACCCUGAUCAACGCUGUGGCAGCUCGCAAUCCUCGCACCGCCGUCGUCAAUCUCUCUGGCUCUCCCGUCACAGUAUCUCCCUUCAUCGACCAGGUUCCCUACUUUCUCCAAGCUUGGUUUGGAGGUCAAGAGUGCGGCCAUGCCAUCGCUCGCGUUCUGCUCGGACAGGUGAACCCCUCGGGCCGACUGCCAAUGUCAUGGCCUAAGAGGAAUGAGGAUAACCCAGCGUAUUCGAAUUUCCCAUGCGAUGAUAACUUGGAGCUUAAUUACGAAGAGCGUCUGAAGGUUGGAUACCGCUUCUACGAUGAUGAGGAUGCUCCAGAGCCGCAGUUUCACUUUGGAGACGGGCUUUCUUACACGACGUUUGAGUUGGCUGGCCAGGUUAGUGCGAACUCCAAAUUCGGUAACCCGGAGACAACAGAGACUUUACUUGUGUUGGAAGUCAAAAACACGGGGAUAAGGGAUGGUAAGCAAGUGGUACAAUUGUAUGUGAGUCCCCCGCCAUGCGACGGGAAUCCACGACCAGUCAAGGAUCUCAGAUCUUGCUGCAAGGUUUUUGUCUCCGCUGGGCAAACAGAGAAGGUUAAAUUUAAACUGGGCAAGUACGCUUUUAGCUACUUUGAAGCCACAGUGGAUAAGUGGAAGAUACCUCAAGGCGAGUAUCUUUUGCAUGUCUGCUUCAGCUCCGCAAAGACACUCCAGACGGUCAGCGUUACGAAUCCUGAAACGCAAUACUGGACAGGGCUGUGA